AUGGCCGGCCGGGCGCGUAGGCCGAGAUCUCGAGAUAUCGAUCCGCGGCCGGGCACCGCGGCGCCCGUCGCCACGGACACGGCCUCCGGCGUGCAACGGCACAUCACUAGCCCGCGUCGCGACCACGCGGCGGCGGGUGGCGCAAAUCACUCGCGCGGACUGCCGUUCUUGGAGAGCGCUCCCUUUAGUGGUGUACCUCCAGACCGCAUAAUAUCGUCCUACACGGCUUUAGUUCGUCGCGCGGCGAACGCGUUCGAGAUGGCCAACGUGCUGGUGUCUUGGCUCCUGGGCGCCACGUAUGAUGCGUACGUGGUCAUCGGCUGUGCCAAGAGGGACACCUGCCUGGGCAUACGCUACCGGUCACUGUGCCCAGACCUGCCCAGUGACGCUGAGGAAGUGUCACAAGACACAGAACCGGAGGAGGAGCCGCGCUACAAGCUGGUGCCGUUACCAGACUUCACGAGCAAGUACGUCACCAUGAUGGAGAACCGCGCCAUCGAGAAGAAGCAGGCUGAGCUGGACCGCAUCGAGGCCGAGAGACAGAUGAAGAUCGCGGAAUUGGAGAAGCCACCUCCAGACGCUAUCGACGGCUGGCGCACACACGCCUGGGUGUUAGUGCUCCCAGGCCCCAUGGAUAUUGAAGAACCGUUCUUCAUCGAACCACAGGAAGGAAACGGGUAUCCUUUAGACGCAGAACAAUACCAACAAAUUGACGCCGUUUACAACAACGAAAAUUAUUAUGUUAAUUUGCAAGUAUUGAGAGAAUUGGAAGAAGAGGAAUGGUCAGAAACUGAUAUGUUUGAAAGAGAACUCCAAAAAGAAAAAGAGAAAGCAGAAGUUGAAAAGGGAAGAGAAGAAAAAGAAAAGGAAGAGUUAGAAAAAAGGGAAAGAAAAAAAGCUGAAAAGGCUGAAAAGAAAAGGAAAGAGCAAGAAGAACAGGAGAAAAAGGAAAAGUCAACGGCAGAUGUAUCAGAUAAGGAGAAGAAAGAUAAAGAGAAGGAAGAAAGAAAGAAGGAAAAAAAGGAAAAGAAAAAGAAAGAAAAGGAAGAAGCUGAACAGAGAGCAAAAGAAGCAAAAGAAGAGGAAGAAAAGGACAAAGAGAAGAAUGUUUGGGAGACCGCAGAGGAGGAGGAAGAAAGAACCAUUAUUUGGCAGAAUCUGAGCCACUUGCGCUACGAUCUCAGUGACAUAACUUGCUGGGAGCAUUUGCUACCUGGAGAGCCUGCUAACAGAAGAAAUCUACCAGGAGUGGAUAUAACAAGGAAGAAAACCGCUCGAGAUACUGAAAAACAUCUGGAUAUGCCCGAGAGUUGGGUAGAGAAACUUGAUAUAUCUGCUGCAGACUAUAUGCAGCGUUACCCUGGCUGCCACAAGGUGAUACAUUACAAGAAGGUUCUCCUGGAGAAGUUCUCACGCUAUUCCCAGGCCAGUGGUAUUGUGAAGAGGAUCAAGAUAUUCCAAGAUUACGCACUCACUAUACCUUUGAUCACCUACGAAUACUUUAAAAACAGAGAGGAUAAAAUGCAUAUUGUGAAAAUAGAUCACACGACUAAUGAAGUCGAAGAGCUCUUUGAAACUGGACGUCCAGAAAAUCUCAUAAAACAUACAUACUCCAUAGAUGCCCCAGUGACUUCUGUCGAGGGUAAUCGUUCCCUGGAAUUCAAGUGGUUCUCUCGUAUUGACCAUCUCCAGAAAAUAGAUUGCACACCGCUGUCCUUCGACGAGUACUAUGUCGAUAGGGAGGAUUUGCUUAUAUCUCGACACAUAAAAUACGUAGAGGGUAAUAAACUCGAACCGAAGCGUCGCCUACAUACAGUCACGGAAGUCUAUCAGAGAAACUACGAUGUCCCAGCGAAGGAGGAUGUAUGGCAGAGGAUCUUCCACAUCCACAACAAUACCAUACAAUUGUUAUACCACUACGAAUACAAUUUCGUCACGAAUGACACCCGGUCGUUCGUUAAACCGAACCUUGCGGAGACCGGUGGAAAGGUCCUGUUCUACGCUGACAAGACAUCUGGUUAUAUUGCGGAUCCGUGCGGUUACCCCACAAGACCUCUAGAUAUCUACUUCUCUCUGUGUAACAACAUAGACUGGGAGUACAGGACUACCAAACACAUCAGAGAUCGCGAGACUGACGUCAAUGGGUACCUCAUGCAACGGCACAAGGAGAUUACCGAGCCUACCCUCUAUGUAUCCCUGUUUAACACAGAGAGGAAUGAAGAAGCACAGAAAGCGUAUGCUGAAAUGGAAAAACAAAAAGCCGAGAUCGCCGAACGCGAGCGGGAAGCAGACAUCGAUCCGCUGCAGCCGUACUUGGCUCGCAUGUUUGGCACCCCUCGAGGAAUCACCCAGCCGCUGACCGUCAAGGAGGCAACCAUCAUCAGAGAACAGUGCAUCAACGACUUCCGAACAAAACAAUUGGCUCGCCAAAUUAUUGUUCAGGAACGAUUUGAUAAGAUGAAUGCUGAGUACAAGGCGAAGAGGCUGUGGUAUUUGGCGAACCAGUUCAUACUUACACCUGAAAAGGAAGCAGCUUACUUUGCUAUGAGUGCUGAGCUGUCAUUCCAAGUGCACUCUUUGGAGGUGCGAUUAACUCGCCACCAGGAUCUGUCUGCGCCGAGGUUCAGGGCUCUAGAAGUCUACCUCAAUAAACACCCGCUGUUGAAGGAGUAUAACCGUAUGCGAGCUUACUACAAAGUCAAGCAAUAAUAGCUUUUGCGACUAGGACUUGAGGAGUAUUUUACAUUGUUGUUUAUACUUAUUUAUAAUUCUAGUUAUUAUCGUUAUAAAUGUUCGUCUAUUUUAAACUAUUCCACUAAAAUCACUCAGGUGAUAUCACUUGAGUGACUGUAGUGGAGUAGACUUAAAUAUCGACCAUAUUUCUCGUAUAUUAGCUUGCGAAACAUAAUAUUAAGUAUUUCAUGUUCAGCUUUAUUGGCAUCUCUGUUAACUUUCAGAUUUCUCACUUUACAUUUUGAAUGAGAAUUUAUGUGUAACUAGUCUACUCUGUUAUGUUUAUAAUUUGUUGUAAAGUUUAUUCUUUGU